AUGCGGAAAAGAGCAAGAAGGGUUAAAGAUAGGGCCAGGGAAAUGCUGAAUGAUGAUGAUCGCAUCAGCCGUUUGCCCAACGAUGUUAUUCAUCACAUUUUUUCAUUCAUAGAUACUAGAUUUGUUGUUCAAAGUAGUCUUCUAUCAAGCAGGUGGAUAAAUACAUGGAAAUCCCAUCCCCGUCUGAACUUUGAGAUCGACCGCUCCUCCAAUCACACAAGCGGCUCUAGAUUUCCCAAUUUUGUGCAUCGGUUUCUUUCUGCUCGUGAUGACAAUGCAGAAAUUUCUACCAUCGAUUUCCGAUCAAACUCUAUUAGGCUUCCGCUCCUCAAAGAGAUCAUAAUCUAUGCAAUGUCACAUAAGACUCGAAAGAUAAACAUUGAAUUCUUGCGAGGUGGACACACAAGACGCGGUGGUAUUGAUAUAUCUUUAUUUAGAUCUCAAUUUCUUCAACACCUCUAUUUGGGCAUUGAUUUUGGGGUUUUCAUAACUCCAACUCUGAACUGGGAUUUGCCUGCUCUGACUACUUUGAAUCUUGAUGGUGUUACAUUUACACUGGAUCUUCCUAAUGAUGGUGCUCGUAAGUCCGUUGAGUUAUUUUCUCGCUUUUCAAAUUUAAAAACCCUUGUCUUGAUUGAUUGUCGGUUCGCAAAUAUUGAUCAAUUUGUUAUCAUGUCAAAUGGGUUAGAGAGUCUUUCCAUGUUAGAUCUGCAUCAUACAGAUUCCUUUGUGAUCUCAGCACCAAAACUCUCAUCUUUCACUUAUAAUGGCAUGGCUCGGUUUUCAUUAUUAGCUAAGGGUCUUCAUUCAUUAGAGAAAGUCAACUUUCACACAUUCUAUCAUAAAUCUCUGCAAAAGCAACCAGAGCUUGUGGAAUUGAUGAUCAACACCUUCCAUCAACUGUUUAAGGCAAAGUUUCUUAGCUUAAACUCAGAUGCCUUGAAGUUUCUUUCGGAGUUCCCGGAAUUACUUGAAAGAGAGCCCUGCCCUUUUAUGAACUUGCAAAGUUUGACAUUGGUUGAACACCAACUACCUCUCCCCUCGAUUGUAUAUGUUGAUGUUCUCACUUAUUUCCAAAACAGCUCUCCAGCUCUUAAAGUGAAUUUUGAAUUAGAUCGAGCACCACAUUGCGUGCGCUGCGUGGACGGCCAUUAG